GCGUGGUGUUGCGUACAAACGUGCGCGGGCGCGCGCGCACCUUCCAGCAGCAGCAGUGCGGCUGAUGCGUGCGCGCGAUGAUUGUGGCAGACAUGUACGUACACAGUUGUACGCGCGCAUACACGGACGCCUCGCCACGGUACGGUUUCGCCUCGCUGUCGCGGGAGUGCUUCCCUUCAUCCGGUUCUGUCGUCGCGUCCGCGUCGCGUGUAGGCAGGUAGGCGGACGCCACGUAGAGGUAAUAUGCCGGGAAACGGCGGCGGUGCGCGCGCGAGCGCGUCGCCGGCGGCACGCGUGGCCGCGACGCCGCCGCCGGCGCACUACCUACACGAGCUGCCGGCCCAGGACGAGGAACGGCUGGAGCGAGUGUUUCAGCGCCUCGACCUCGACGGUAACGGCCGCAUCGAUGUGCACGAUCUCUCCCAGGCGCUGCGCGAUGUCGGCAUGCACACGCAUUAUACGCAAUAUGCCAAGAAAUUUCUGGCCAGAUCAGAUAGUACUAAAAGUGGCGACAUUAGUCUAGCUGAAUUCAUACACUAUGUUCGUGAACAUGAGAAGAAUCUACGACUGCAGUUCUCCAAUCUCGAUAAGAAUAGAGAUGGCACAAUAGAUUUGGAAGAACUGAUAAGAGCUUUCAAGGAGCUAGGAAUAGAAAUUGCACAAGAGGAAGCAACUAAGUUAUUGCAACGCAUGGAUCAAGAUGGAAGUCUUAAAAUCAGUUUUGAUGAAUGGCGGGACUUUCUGCUCUAUGCACCAAGUUCUAACUUAUUCGACAUCAUCGAAUAUUGGCAUCACACCACAUAUAUGGACAUUGGGGAGGACAUCGGUGUCCCCGAAGAAUUCACAAAAGGUGAGAUGGUGUCGGGGAUGUGGUGGCGGCAUUUAUUAUCCGGUGGGAUAGCUGGUGCAGUAUCGCGUACCUGCACCGCUCCCCUCGACCGCAUCAAGGUCUACUUGCAGGUCCACGGCACACGACACUGCAAUAUCAUGAGUUGCUUCAGGUACAUGUUGCGCGAGGGUGGCAUUAGCAGCCUAUGGCGCGGCAAUGGCAUUAACGUGCUCAAGAUUGGUCCGGAGACGGCGCUCAAAUUUAUGGCAUACGAGCAGGUGAAGAGGGCCAUCAAGGCAGACAACGAGACGCGUGAGCUCGGACUUUAUGAGAGAUUUUGCGCCGGUUCCAUGGCCGGCGGUAUCAGCCAAUCGGCCAUCUACCCCCUCGAGGUGCUGAAGACGAGACUCGCGUUGCGAAAAACAGGCGAGUUCGAUGGCAUGAUAGAUGCAGCUAAAAAAAUAUAUAGACAAGGUGGCUUAAAAUCCUUUUACAGAGGCUACGUACCCAAUUUGAUAGGAAUACUUCCUUAUGCCGGCAUUGAUUUAGCCGUCUAUGAAACCUUGAAAAAUAGUUACCUACGUACACACGACAAGAAGGAACAACCGGCGUUUUGGAUUCUAUUGUUGUGUGGCACAGCUUCGAGUACAGCUGGCCAGGUGUGCUCGUACCCGUUGGCACUGGUGCGAACGCGAUUGCAAGCCGAAGUCGCGCCAGAAAAAUCGCUCAACACCAUGAUGGGUGUUUUCAAGGACAUUCUCAGCCGCGAAGGAAUACGCGGUUUGUAUCGUGGCCUCACACCCAAUUUUCUUAAGGUUGCACCUGCCGUGUCCAUUAGCUAUGUAGUAUAUGAGCAUUUUCGGCAGGCGCUAGGCGUCAACAUGACGUGAUGAAUAUACAUACUAGGAUUAAUUUAA